GCCCCCGUUCGUGUAUAUAAACCCUCCUCCUAAUUCUCCUGAAAACACACACACACACACAACAGAUACUCGCUCGCUUUCUCUCCAUCUAAAUCCCCAACAAAAUCAUGAGAGAAAUCCUCCAUAUUCAGGGCGGACAAUGCGGCAACCAGAUCGGAGCCAAGUUCUGGGAAGUAGUCUGCGCUGAGCAUGGCAUCGACUCCACCGGACGUUACAGCGGUGAUCAGGAUCUUCAGCUCGAGCGGGUUAAUGUCUACUACAACGAAGCCAGUUGUGGGAGGUUUGUUCCACGCGCAAUCCUCAUGGACCUUGAACCAGGUACCAUGGACAGCGUCCGAUCUGGUCCCUACGGUCAGAUCUUCCGCCCUGAUAACUUUGUGUUUGGACAGUCUGGUGCCGGCAAUAACUGGGCGAAAGGACAUUAUACAGAAGGGGCAGAACUUAUUGAUUCUGUUCUCGAUGUUGUUCGAAAAGAAGCCGAAAACUGCGAUUGCCUCCAAGGGUUUCAGGUAUGCCAUUCAUUGGGAGGAGGAACAGGCUCCGGGAUGGGGACUUUGCUGAUAUCCAAGAUCAGGGAAGAAUAUCCCGAUCGGAUGAUGCUCACUUUCUCAGUUUUCCCUUCCCCCAAAGUCUCCGACACAGUGGUGGAGCCCUACAAUGCAACUUUAUCAGUUCAUCAACUGGUUGAAAACGCAGAUGAAUGCAUGGUUCUUGACAACGAAGCUCUGUAUGACAUCUGUUUCCGCACACUUAAGCUCACUACACCCAGCUUUGGAGAUUUAAACCACCUAAUCUCAGCCACCAUGAGCGGUGUCACCUGCUGCCUCCGGUUCCCGGGUCAACUCAACUCCGACCUCCGUAAACUGGCGGUCAACCUAAUCCCGUUCCCGCGCCUCCACUUUUUCAUGGUCGGUUUCGCCCCUCUGACCUCCCGCGGGUCCCAGCAAUACCGCGCCCUAACCGUCCCGGAACUCACACAACAAAUGUGGGACGCGAAGAACAUGAUGUGCGCCGCGGACCCUCGCCACGGACGAUACCUGACUGCCUCGGCAAUGUUCCGAGGCAAAAUGAGCACCAAAGAAGUGGAUGAACAGAUGAUCAAUGUCCAAAACAAAAACUCGUCUUAUUUUGUUGAAUGGAUUCCUAAUAACGUCAAGUCAACCGUUUGUGAUAUUCCUCCAACGGGUCUUAAAAUGGCUUCCACUUUUAUUGGGAACUCGACUUCUAUUCAGGAGAUGUUUAGGCGUGUGAGUGAGCAGUUUACUGCUAUGUUUAGGAGGAAGGCUUUUUUGCAUUGGUAUACGGGUGAAGGAAUGGAUGAGAUGGAGUUCACCGAAGCUGAGAGUAAUAUGAAUGAUUUGGUUUCUGAGUAUCAGCAGUAUCAGGAUGCGACUGCUGAUGAGGAAGGUGAGUAUGAGGAGGAAGGUGUUGACUACGAGGAAGAAGGUUAGAAUGAAAUGUUGUGGGAUUGGAUUUGAAUAUUUAGUGUUUGUUUUGUUGAAUGUUGAGUGUGUUGGGUAGGUGGUUUUUGUGAUGGAGUUUUUACUUUAUUUAAGGUCUUUGGUUGGUGUGCCUCAUGAUGAGUUAGUAACUUAAAUGUACUGUUUCUAAAAUACUGAAAUAUAUAAAGUACAACGUAUCAAUGUAGGUUGUUGAAGAGUAUAUUAAAUGAAUCAAAAUAUUAGAAAUUUGGCUA